GCGGGGCAGGCGGUGCCCGACCCGCGGCGCCACCGGCCCGACCCAGCCCAGCCCAGCCCAGCCCGGCCCGGCCCGCUCCGGCCAUGGGCACCGUCGGCCUGGAGCGGCACCGCCUGGCGCUGCUGGCGGCCAAGGAGGACGUGCUGGGCAGCCGCGCCUCCACCGACUGGGCCCUGUUUGCCUACGAGAAGCACAAUGACCUCAAGCUCCUUGACUCGGGAGCCGGGGGCCCGGACGAGCUGGCCACCAAGUUCUCCAGCAGCAGCGUCAUGUACGGCCUGUGCCGCGUCCUGGACCCCGGCUCCGGGCAGCCCCGCGUCAUCCUCAUCAGCUGGGUGGGCGAGCAGGUGGCGGAGCUGCACCGGCAGAGCUGUGCCACACACCUCCCGGCCAUCCGCGCCUUCUUCAAGGAGGCUAGCUUGGUCCUGAAUGCCCGGCACACCGAGGAGGUGACGGAGGAGGGGCUGCGCCGCGUGCUUUCCCGCCUGGCACCCGCUGCAGGCACUGGUGCCCGCCGCACGCCCGCCCGCGACGCCGAGGAGCUGGUGGGCACCAACUACCGGAAGACGAACCCAGCACUGGAGAUCCGCCGCACCAAGCGAGACUCGUUCUGGGCCCAGGCUGAGAGGGAAGAGGAGCAGCGCAAGGAGGAGGAGCGGCGGCGCGCAGCCGAGGAGCAGCGGCGCUGGGAGCGAGAGCGCAUGGAAGGCGAGCGGCGCGAAGCAGCUGAGCGCGAGCGCCGCGUGCGCGAGAAGGAGCAGCUCAUUGAGGAGCAGCGCAAGGAGCAGGCACGGCGUGAGGCCGAGGAGCGCCGCCAGGAGAAGGCGCGAUGGGAGCAGCAGCAGCGGGAGCACGAGGAAGCCGCGCGGGACCGUUUCCGGCGCAGCGAGUCCAUUGAGAAGGCCGCGGAGGCGGCCGUGCUGGUGUCCCAGCGCUCCCAAAACCCGCGCGACUUCUUCCGGCAGAGGGAGCGCUCCGGCUCCGCGUCAGGCACCCCCGCGCCCCUCGGCGCCCACCCUGCGGCCCCGCGCCGGCCCUUCCUCCGCUACCAGCGCAGCCUCACCGAGUCAGCCUACAUCUUCCGCCGCCCGGACGCGCCCCCCUCGCCCCCCGGCGCCUCCAUGCCUGAGCCUGGCGCCUUCCGGGCCGCAGCCCCCCUCAGUCCUGGCCCCCCCAGGCCCCUGCCCAGCCCCCCCGGGAUCAGGGCCACCAGGGUGGAGCCCCCACCCCCUGCCAGCCCCCCUGAGACCAGACCCCUGCCCCCUGCCGCCCCCGGGCUGAGCCCCCCACCCCCUGCCACCCCCCCUGGGACCAGCCCCCUGCCCCCCUCCAGCCCCACCAGGGUAGAGCCUCCACCCAUCAGCACCCCUGAGACCAGACCUCUGCUCCCUGCCAGCCCCACCGGGCUGAGCCCUCCACCCCCCGCCACCCCCCCAGGGACCAGCCCCCUGCCCCCCUCCAGCCCCACCAGGGUAGAGCCCCCACCCAUCAGCACCCCUGAGACCAGACCUCUGCCCCCUGCUGGCCCCACCGGGCUGAGCCUCCCACCCCCUAUCAGCCCCUUGCCACCCACCAGCCCCCCUGAGACUAGUCCCCCACCCCCAUCCAGCCCCCCUGGAACCAGGCCUCCACCACUUGCUAGCGCCCCUGGGCUGAGCCCCCCACCCUCACCCAGCCCCCAUGGGACCAGAUCUUCACCCCCUGCCAGCCCCCCCAGGACCAGCCCUUUGCCCCCCUCUAGCCCCCCUAGGAUGGAGCCCCCAGCCACCAGCCCCCUUGGGUCUAGCCCCCCACCUCCCCCCAGCCCCCCUGAGAUUAGCCCCCCUAGGACCAGCUCCCCACCUCCCCGCAGCCCCCCUGGGACCAGACCUCUGCCCCCUGCCAGUCCCCCCAUGCCCAGCCCCCGUGGGACCAUCUCCCUGCCCCCCUCCGGCCCCAGCCCCCCACCUCCUGCCAGCCCCCCCCAGGCCAGGUCACCACCUCCACCCUCCCCAACCCCCAUCCUGGCAUCUCUGCCCCCCAGCAGCCCCGAUGAGCCCGAGUCUUCCCUCUGCCCUCCCAUGCCCAUGUGUCGGGGGGAUGCCCCCAGCCCAGGCCCCCCUAGCCCCGGGCUGCACUCGGACCCCACCACCCCCUUCCUGGCAGAGGAGGAUCCUGUGCUGGGCUGUCCUGCUCCCUCCAGCCCCGGCCCCGACACCUCCGAGGACCCCAUGGCUGAUGGAGAGGUCGCACCAGAGCCUGCCCCGGAGCUGCCCAUGGCUCCCGGGCACAAUGGCUUCGGCGGGCAGGAGUACGGGAGCUGGCCGGCGCUCGAGGAGGGGGAUCCCAGCCUCAGCUCCAAGCUCCAGCAGCGAGCGGCCUGGGACCCUGAAACAGCAGGGGCUGCGCCGUGGCGCUUGCUGGAAGGCGGCGAUGGACGGGCGGCCCUGGAGGGCACGGACGAGGCCAUGGGGUCGCCCCCCCGCACCGCAUAGGUCGCACUGCAUAGGUCGGGGAAUCCCCCCCAGCUUGGCUCUACCCACUGCACCAGGCACCCCCCGCACUGGGCACCGGCUCCCCCCACCACCGGCCACUGCCAGCCCCACAAGGAUUCUCCCCCCAGGGCAUCUCCCCCCCCCUCUGCUGCAGCCUCCCAGCCUAAUAAAGGAACUGAGGAAAGGG